AGUUGCACUGCGUACGGAUCGUUGCCCGGAUUUUUGUGGCCGAUUGUUUGCCGUUCCUUUUGGAUUAGACUUUGGGAUUCAGUUCAGUGUGCAGUGGGUGGUGUGGCUUGCAGAAAAAGAAGAAGAGCGGAUUCCGAAUUGUGUUGUGUGCCGGAGCAACAGCAGCAGCAGUAGUGUUGUCCCGUGAAAACCACCGUUUACGCGUGUGAUCAAGAACGUUUAGCGCACUAGCAAAGGACUCCAUCUACAGUCAAGCAAAAUGAAGUAUAGCAUAGUGUUCGUGGUUGCACUCUUCGGAGCUGCCGUGGCCCAGGAAAGCUUCAAGUGCCCGGACGAUUUCGGCUUCUACCCGCAUCAGAGCUCCUGCGACAAGUACUGGAAGUGUGACAACAACGUGGCCGAGCUGAAGACCUGCGGCAACGGGCUGGCGUUCGAUGCGACCGACUCCAAGUACCUGACGGAGAACUGCGACUACCUGCACAACGUCGACUGCGGUGACCGCACCCAGCUAGAACCUCCGAUCUCCACGUCCCACUGCGAGCGUCUGUACGGUAUCUUCCCGGAUGCGGCCAAGUGCGACGUGUUCUGGAACUGCUGGAACGGUGAGGCUUCCCGCUACCAGUGCUCGCCCGGACUCGCCUACGAUCGUGAUGCGCGCGUCUGCAUGUGGGCCGACCAGGUGCCAGAGUGCCGGAACGAAGAGGUAGCCAAUGGAUUCACCUGCCCCGCCGCCGGUGAGAUCUCCAAUGCUGGUUCGUUCUCGCGACAUGCCCACCCGGAGGAUUGCCGCAAGUACUACAUCUGUCUGGAGGGAGUCGCGCGCGAGUACGGUUGCCCGAUUGGUACGGUCUUCAAGAUCGGUGACGCCGACGGUACCGGUAACUGCGAGGAUCCCGAGGACGUUCCCGGAUGCGAAGAUUACUACGGUGAUUUGGACUUGAAGAGCAUCCGCAAGAGUGAGCUGCUCGCCGGUCUGGCCGUCCAGAACGGUGGUGCGCCCGCCAAAGCUAUCACUAAGUCCAACCGUCCGGCACCGAAGGACAGUAACUAGGGCAUCUCGGGCUCGAAGAACAGUGAAGAAAGUGGAGGGGGAGUAGACAGUAGAAGAAAUCAGGGGGGGAACAGAGAGGGGACGGUAGACCACCGUCGAGCGAGAACCCGUUAGGAUACGGCAGUAGUAGAUAGCAAAACACUCAACUGAGACGCUACAGAGGAAGACCAAACGAGAAAAGACAGAGAAAAGGCGAGAGAGAAAGAGAGAGAGAGAGAGAGAGCAGGGCUGGGAUGUAUGUGUGGUGUGUAUGUGUGAAGAAAGGGCAAAGAAUACUUUUAAAAUGGCUACUUUACAACCCCAUCAACGAGCUACUAGAUACUGGAUAGGACUUUGGGGUGAAGACCCUGGCGCAAUAUCGCAAUAUCCCGGACGAAUCUCAAGCCAACGGGAGCCGGCGAGGGAAUUCGAACAAAUAACUCACAAACCCCCCCCCCCCCCCCUCUUCCCCCUCCCAACCCCCGCAGUCGUGAGACCAUCAGCGCCUAAUCAAUGGGAUCGCAGAAGAUUGACGUCGUCGGUCAAAGGCGGGGCUGUGCAGUCGCAGGGAAACAGAUAAGGCGAAGCCUACUACCACUUUUCCUCCUCCUCCUUCCUUUGAGUGACCACAAUAUCUGGUGGUGGCGGUGGCAGCGACAGGAGGCGAUGCGUUAUUGGCUUAACGGGGGAACGUAUCACUUGGCCUUGGCCCAUACCUUACCCCAUAUCAAACGGUCCUUUCUUUCAUGCUGUGGUGGAAUGGGACGAAGAACAGGAAGGUUCCUGGGGCACCGAGAGAGAGAGAGAGAAAGAGAGAAAGAGCUGGAAGAAAAAUGAAGAAGAAAAUGGCAUAAAAAACAACCCCUUGAUGCUUGAUGAGUGAUAAGGAUUCAAAAGUGUAACGGCCCCCGGGGGUGGUCCAGGAUCCAUCCCGGUAAUCCUUUAGGUUCCGUUUUUUUCUGUUUUAUUUGGAUCUCCUCAACUCAACCAACUCAACGCCUACAUCCUCACAGCCAAACUCAACAGACUUCCGUUGAGUGUGGCUCGUGGUUCAUUUGUGUGCGAUUUGUAUGCCCCCUUCCCUGCCCAUGCUUUUGUCUCUUCUUGAGCUACUUUGAGCUACUUCGGUGCGGGCCUUGGACCUUCGCCCCAACACACCCCCGUUUUGUUGCUCCCGACCUGCCGCACCCGAGGAUUAGUGACUCUCCCGGACUUAUUAACUUAUUUAUUUUACAAACGCCCUUUACCCCUUAUACCCGGCCAUGUUUGCGAUGUUUUGCGGCGAGCUGGCCGAACUGCCUCUCUAUCAUCUCUAUCCAUCUGUCAUCCAUCUGUUGAUGUCUUGCUUGCCGGGGGUCCGAGCAACAGCCCAGUCCCCCGAUUUUUCCUUCUUUUUUCUUUCUCAACCCGAAAGCAUGAAAAUACUCAAUAAACUCUCAUUCGUUUGCCACGGGGCUGAGGGCAAACAGCGACCCGCAAACAGUCGUCGCCCGGUUAGCCGUCGUCGGUCGGUCUUUCAUCCUCGAUAGUAGUCUGAUAGUAGUCUUAUCUAGCCUGUGAAGUAGAGCAGCGAUACCUAGAACACCGCCACCGAAACAAAAGAGAGAGAGAGAACAGAACGGAACAGAACAAUGUUAGGAAACUCGAGAGUUGAAGUUGAAACGCGCGAAAGGAGAGAAAAAAAGGAAAUAAUAAAAAAAAAUCUUUAAAACCUUUACAACACGCCCCGAACUGUCCAUGUUUCUUCACUUCGCUAUACUUUCCAACCAACCAACCAACCAACCAACCAACCAACCAACCAACCAUUCAACCAUCAUCAUUCGCUCACUCACUCUGGUGACUGUUGACUUUCUACUGUUCUUAUCCUUCCCCGUGUGUGCGUGCGUGCGGGUGGUUGAGUUUAACCGGAAACGGACGGUGGUACUGUUUGCAGCAACAGCAGAGAUGUACAUCUCUCUGGUACAUCUUCAUCUUCGCUGGGAUGCGUUCUGACUCUAACUGAUGGUACUAAUGGGUCGUGUACACCGGAAACUGUUGUUGGCGCGUGUGUGUUUGGUUGUUCUCUAACUGUUUAUAGCACUCGGUACUCACUUAACAUUACUUUCCUCCACCAACAAAAUAAACGAUGACAAAUGGACGGACGGAUGUGGUGGUGUCGUUUUUAACUAAGUUUACUACCGACCCAUCUCCCAUUAUCACAAAAAACAUCAACCUCCUUCCACCUUCUUCUUAUUGCGUGAUCAUUGUGGUAUGGUGAGAAGUAAUACCUCAACAAACAAAUAGACAAAAAAACCAUCCUUCCUUCGUCUGA